ACUCUCUACUUGUUGGUAAACAACUUUAGGUUACCAAAAUGCUUCUCCAAAAUUCCCCCUCUGUAUAUUCCAAUCCAAUUCAAACCCCAUUUUAUUACUGCAUUUCACUUCCACUUCCUUAAUUUCCACUUCUGAUCUUCCUCAUUCCAAAUCCGAAAUCCCAAUCCUCUCCGCCGCGCCGUCCGCCAUGAGAAUAAUCUCUCCGCCUUCUGCUUCUUAUUCUUCUUCUUCCUCUUCCUCUUCCUCCUGCGUCGGCUCCGAUUCCGGCAUUCACAACAACAAUCUCGCCGCCGCUCUUCACCGUCCGCAAUCCGAGAAAACCAGAGCCAAACGGCGGAGGAGGAAUCAAGACGAAACUAAAUGCCAGAUUCAUAAUCAUAACGCCAAUGGAAUCAACAACGCUGCCGCCUCUUCCGCUCGCCGGAGCUCCAUUUACAGAGGAGUCACUAGGCACCGAUGGACCGGCCGGUUCGAAGCUCAUCUUUGGGACAAGAGUUCAUGGAAUAACAUUCAGAACAAAAAAGGAAGGCAAGUUUAUUUGGGAGCUUACGAUAACGAGGAAGCCGCUGCCCGAACAUAUGACCUUGCUGCCCUCAAAUACUGGGGACCCGGAACCACUCUCAAUUUCCCGGUAGAGUCGUACACGAAUGAAAUGGAAGAAAUGCGGAAAGUUUCAAAGGAGGAAUAUUUGGCGUCGUUAAGGCGGCGGAGCAGUGGCUUUUCAAGAGGCGUUUCUAAGUACCGCGGCGUGGCCCGCCACCACCAUAAUGGCCGGUGGGAGGCUCGGAUUGGCCGUGUUUUUGGAAGCAAAUAUCUUUAUUUGGGAACUUACAACACACAAGAAGAAGCAGCUGCAGCAUAUGACAUGGCUGCAAUUGAAUACAGAGGAGCCAAUGCAGUGACCAACUUUGACAUUAGCAAUUACAUUGGAAGAUUAGAGAACAAAUCAUCAGUUCUUCAAGCAACAGAGCAAACAGAGGAGCCUAAUUACUCCCCUGCUUCUUCUGAGGGAGAAGUAGUACAACAACAACAGGAUCAACAACAGCAGCAGCAACAACAACAACAAACGACAUUCUCGGGUCCACCGGACCUUCAGUUCUCGAUCGAGAACAACCCAGGGCUGGUUGUCAUGGACGAACCACCGACACAAGACGAUCAUGAUCUCCAUUGGUCUUUUUUAGACACAGGAUUAUUCGUGCAGGUCCCUGACCUCCCACUUGAGAAAUCGAAUGAAUUGGCCGACCUCUACUUCGAUGAGAUCGAGUUCGAGGACGACAUUGGAUUGAUAUUCGAAGCGAGCUUAGAGAACAAGAACUGUGAGGGCAAUAAUAAUAAUAAUAAAGAAGAUGAUCAUAAUAAUAAUAAUAAUAAGAAUAAUGUUGGGAAGAUGGAGGUGAACUGCAGUGAGAAAAUCAGAUUGUUCUCAACAACAACUUCACCAUCUUCUUCUUCAUCAAUAACCACCUCGGUUUCGUGUGAAUUUAGGGUUUGACAAUUUAGAUUUUGAGGGUUUGUUGUUGUUGUUGAAGAGUGGAUGGGAAAUGGGGAAAAAAAAAUCAAAA